AUGAAGUUCAGGCUUACACUUCUGACCUUGGCGGUGGUCACCACAGCCUUGACGUCAACCUUGACUCGUGCACUGCCAUCCACUUUAGCGCGGCGACAGAGCGACUAUCAGGGCUACUACAGUCCCGCGACCAAUGGCGGUUCCAUGCUCACGGCUAACACAGCCUCCGGUCAGGGCGAGCCGCUUAACGUCAUCAUUUCAGGCCAAUCCGACCCAGGAGUACUCAACCCUGCCGGCUUUGAAGAAUUCACUCGCUCCUUCUACUUCUCGCCCGGUAGCUGCCUCAACAUUAGCCAAGGUGGUUUUCAGACCGCCAACUUGGGUGAUGGCAAUGGAGCCAGACCGCAAACCAACAUCAUGCGCUACAACUACAAGCAGGGCGACGGCGGCAGUUGCAUCGAAUCGCUCAAAGGCGGUAAUCACUUCAGAUAUUGGAUUCAGAAUGGCACUGCUGCCAACUCGGGUGCAAUUUUCAUCGCGGCUAGUGUCGAGUUGAACGCUACGCUCGGGCACAUGAUUGCCCCCAAUGGAUACGAUGAUGGAAGGGACGAGUUGGUUGGCAAUGCCACAGCAGGGACCCUGACUAGCCCUGGUGGUUUUCAGUAUCAGGUGAGCAGAACCGCCAACUCUCAGCUGUUAAGCGGCCUUUCGGCGAGUCAAAUCAACCACGCAAUCGGCAUUGAUGGUACAGUCGACGUUCUUACCGUCAAAAUCACCAAGAACGGCACAAUCGGAGCAACCUCGUCGAACUCUACCACGUCGAACGGUGGUAGCAUCAGCACGCCACAGCCUGACGCAGCACGGGCUACCUCUGACUCGAAUUAUGCCAUCAAGAUCAGCGCUGUUGCUCUCAGCAUUGCAUUGGGCAUUUUGAUUCUUCUGUAA